ACCGCCGGAAGUAGGGAGGAAGCUGCUGUGUAAUCGCUCCUAAGAUCUGAGGUAGCUACGAAUCCCAAAAUGCCGGAUUACCUAGGAGCCGAUCAGCGGAAAACCAAAGAGGAGGAGAAGGACGAUAAGCCCAUCCGAGCACUGGAUGAGGGUGAUAUUGCCUUGUUGAAAACUUACGGCCAGAGCACUUAUUCUAGACAGAUCAAACAGGUAGAAGAUGACAUCCAGCAACUUCUUAAGAAAAUCAAUGAGCUCACUGGCAUUAAAGAGUCAGACACUGGCCUGGCUCCCCCAGCUCUUUGGGAUUUGGCUGCAGAUAAACAGACCCUUCAGAGUGAACAGCCACUACAGGUUGCAAGGUGUACAAAGAUAAUCAAUGCUGAUUCAGAGGACCCAAAAUACAUUAUCAAUGUGAAGCAGUUUGCCAAAUUUGUGGUGGACCUCAGUGAUCAGGUAGCACCUACUGACAUUGAAGAAGGAAUGAGAGUUGGUGUGGACAGAAAUAAGUAUCAAAUUCAUAUUCCUCUGCCUCCCAAGAUCGACCCAACAGUUACCAUGAUGCAGGUGGAAGAAAAACCUGAUGUCACAUACAGUGAUGUUGGUGGUUGCAAAGAACAGAUUGAGAAGCUAAGAGAAGUAGUUGAAACCCCACUGCUUCACCCAGAGAGGUUUGUUAACCUUGGAAUUGAACCCCCCAAAGGUGUGCUUCUUUUUGGCCCCCCAGGCACAGGCAAAACUCUUUGUGCUCGUGCUGUUGCUAACCGGACAGAUGCCUGCUUCAUCCGAGUUAUUGGAUCUGAACUUGUACAGAAAUAUGUUGGAGAGGGGGCUCGAAUGGUCCGUGAGCUCUUUGAAAUGGCCAGAACCAAAAAGGCCUGCCUUAUAUUCUUUGAUGAAAUUGAUGCUAUUGGAGGUGCUCGUUUUGAUGAUGGAGCUGGGGGUGACAAUGAGGUGCAACGAACCAUGUUGGAACUUAUCAAUCAGCUGGAUGGAUUUGAUCCUCGAGGUAAUAUUAAAGUACUGAUGGCCACCAACAGACCUGAUACUUUGGACCCAGCAUUGAUGAGGCCUGGGAGACUAGAUAGAAAGAUUGAAUUUAGCUUACCCGAUCUGGAGGGUCGGACACAUAUUUUCAAGAUUCAUGCUCGUUCAAUGAGCGUUGAGAGAGAUAUAAGAUUUGAGUUGUUAGCACGUCUGUGUCCCAACAGCACUGGUGCUGAAAUUAGAAGUGUUUGCACUGAAGCAGGGAUGUUUGCAAUCAGAGCACGACGAAAAAUUGCCACUGAGAAGGAUUUCUUGGAAGCUGUGAAUAAGGUCAUUAAAUCAUACGCCAAAUUCAGUGCUACUCCCCGAUACAUGACAUACAACUAAUCAUUGGAAAUUUCCAAAGUAAAUUGCUUCUUCUCAAUUGGAAUAACUUGUUCUUAUAAAGAAAAAUCUCAGUUACAUAGACCUGUUUAACCAUCAUAAUUAGUACUUAAUAUACAAAUAAACUUUUUCUAAAGUU